AUGCCAUCUCCUCAUCAAUCCAUACCAUUCGAAAAAACAUCUCCUCAUCUAUUCAAUACCUUUCAAAGCUUGUCUUUUCCUGAUGUUCCAUCAAAUAGCGAUGACUACGAAGAUGUUCCAACACUUUCAGAUGAAUAUACAACAACCGCCAAUGCUCAUAACGAACAAUUCCAAGCGAUAAAAGCACAAUUCCAUACAUAUUUGAACGACAUCGAAUCGAAUAGUUUAUCGCGUGUCAUUCAUCUACUUUCGUUCUAUAAUCAUUUCAAUAAUGAGCAAAUCAAAACUGUUUUACACCAUAUUGGACAAUCGAAUGUGAACACGAACGAUAUCAAUCGACUUCUGAUGAACGAUAGACGAAUGUUUGUUAAUGAACAAUUUCCGAAUCUUCGAACAAUACUAAAUGAACAUAAGAAAGGCAAAGAUUGA